GAAAUCUUUACUGAUCGAUGCAGCUCAUCUUAAUGAUCAUCAGUUUAUGAUCACUUAAACAUGUUACAUCAUGUUUUAAUAACUAUGAGACAUUCAUAGAAUUGAACAUUUAAAGUAGGCUUGAAGUCAAAAUGAGGAAGUGAUGACAUACUAAGAAAGGGAAGUAGAUGCAGCGUCUCUUUAAAGAAGCACUACUGAAGAAACUCAGACAGUUAGGAGCGUGACAACGGGAGGACAGAGACGGAGAAUCACCAUGAACGAGCUCAAAUGGAUUCAAACUUCUUUACUUCUCACAGCGCUGCUUCAGUUUGCUGCAGCAGCUGGAGAUAAAGAAGUCACAUUCAAAGCUUCACUUGGAGAGGACGCCACGUUGUCUUGUGAAACUGUGAUACAAGGUCAACAGAAGUGUGAAUAUACGACAUGGAACUUCAUUGAUUCAGGAAACAAAGCAGUAGUAGAGCUGGUUGUAGAAGGUCAGGUUAGAAACUCUGGAGUUAAAUCAGACAGACUGAGAGUUACAGAGGACUGUUCUCUGGUUAUAAAGAAGAUCAGAGAGGAGGAUGCUGGACGUUAUGACUGUCUACAGUACAUAUCAGGAAGAAGAACAGGUGAUGUGACUCGAGUUCAUCUCUCUGUUACCAAGAGUGAGGACGCCAAACCAGAACCAACAAGACCACCAACAACAAGACCAACAACAACAACAACAACAACUGCGGCUGCAGGAGAGCUCGAGGGAACCAGAGACCACCUGAUGACAUCACUGUGUAUUAUGAUGGAGAUGAAGGCUCAGUGA